GUCAGGCCAUCAAUCCUUCUGCUCUCCUGAAGCCGGCACCAGUUGCACCAGCAUCAUCAUGCAAGCUACCGUAUUGCUGUGUCUGUUGGAAGUCGCCCUCGUCCAGGCUGGUGAUUAUUCCUGGACCGGUCCUGGCGAAAACGUGAAAAAAUCAGGCGGCGAUCCCACCACGAAAAACGCUUGUCUUACGGACCCGAUGUCGUGCGGCUGCUGUCUGAUGCAGCAGCAGGUCCACAGGAUGAAGAUGUUCUUUAACAGGAGCCUCGGUGAGAUGGAGAAGGAACUGAACAACACGAGGAACAUCCUGAACCAUGUCAGAGCCAGCCGCAGUGCCUUCUCCGUCUCUCUGACCAGUGACAAGAAAUUUACCUGCAUCGGGCCAUUCCGCGACGACAAGAUCAUCCAAUACAAACACGUCUUCAUCAACCUGGGCGAGGGCUACAGCACGGACACCGGCUUCUUCACCGUUCCGCGCUCUGGCGUCUACAGCCUGGCCCUCACCGUCUACAGUGACGCUGGUGCUCCUGGUAACACCUUGGCCGCCUGUGCCGGUCUGCUGGUCAACGGCCAGUUGGUGGCGGGACCCAGAGAAAAAAACAUGCAAGACCAGGAGGACAGUGCCACUAUCGUCGUGGCUCUGCACCUGAUGGCCGGGGACAAGGUGGCUGUCAACCUGCCCAUUGGGUGUUUCCUCUGCGACAACAGCAGCCACUACAACACGUUCACUGGUUUCCUGCUGUAUUCUACUGACUAA